UUACUGCUAUUUACCGUGGUAGUGCAUUGUAUUUAGAUUUAGUAAACAGUGCCUCCCCUUUGGUAGUCAGUAUUUGCAAAACGCGGUCCAAAAUAUGUUCAAACGCUGAUAAUAAAGAUAACGUCAUAUAAAAAUAGCUGCUUCAACUUCAACGUAUCAGUUCAUCAGACCUGUUCGUGCAAAUUGGAUCGUUCAAUUAGGCUUGAGCUCAAAUUCUAUAAGAAGAUAGAAAAAAAAUCGAGAUUGUUGGUUGAGCAAAGAAACCGAUAUGUCAUCUGUUAAGCUGGAAACCGUGUCACCCAAGUUCAACGAAGUCGUGUUGGACGAAAUUAUGCGUGACUAUGGUGGUCACAAGUGUACCUCGUGGAAGUUUGAGAACGAUGCCUUUAGUAAAGGAGAUUCCUACCUCAGUGAACUUUUUCGGAUUACGUUGGAAGAUGAUACUAGUCGGAAGACAAAAGAUGGAGCUCCGCUAAUAGUCAAGCAAAUAGUGAAGUCCAUCCCGAAAAAUAUUGGCCGAAGGAAGACUUUCCGUUCGGCAGAUUUCUUUCGAAAUGAGAUAAACUUCUACAAUGUAGUCUUGAGUGAAUUUCACAAAUUUCAACAGGCGAAACUGCUAAAGAAUCCUUUCGACGAGUGUAGCAAAUGCCUAGCAGCGUAUUCGGAUGGCGAGAAUGAUUUUAUCGCUAUGGAAGACUUGACUCAAUUUGGAUUCGGAGCGGCAUCCAGACGCGAUGGCAUUGGUAUAGCGGAGUGCAUCAUGUGCAUGCAAACUAUUGGCCGUUUCCACGCCUUAUCGCUCGCAAUGAAGCAUCAACAACCGGAGAAAUUUCAUCUGCUUGUGAAACACGUCGAAGAAACGUACUACGCCAAACAGCACAAGAAUUGGUAUAGUAACUUUAUGAAGGUUCAGGUCAGAAUCGCCAAGGAUGCCUUAAGUCAGGAGUACGGUGGUUCGGACCUGGAGAAGAAAGUGCACAAUUUUUUCGACUGCGAUUUGUACGAUAAAAUGGUUUAUUUUACUCAUACGCGAAAUCAGAACUCGGUCAUAAACCAUGGAGAUUGUUGGAUGCCCAAUUUUCUAUUCCGUUAUGACUCGGCAGGUGUACCCGUCGCAGCCAAGAUGAUCGAUUUUCAACUCGCACGUUACUCGUCUCCAGCGUUGGACAUUUCGUUCUUCGUGUAUUCCUGUACUUCGCAGAAAAUUCGUGAGGAACACUACGAGGAUCUGUUGAAGGCGUACCAUAAUAGUUUGUCCGAUAUGCUGCGUGAUCUCGGAUCAAACCCAGAGGAACUGUUCUCGUACUCGGAACUCCAGAAGGAAUUGCACGAAUUUGCUCGGUUCGGCUGCGGCAUGGGUAUCGAGUCUAUUCCAUUUUCUCUGUUGGAAGAAAAUGAGGUCCCCGAUUUGGACCAGAUUACGGGAGACGAAGCAGUCCCGCUUGAACAGGUCUGGAUUCUGAAAAAUAUCAAAACUCAGGAUGGAAGGCGUCGAUUGACCGAUAUGUUCAAGCAUGCAUCUGACUGUGGUUAUCUAGAUUGAUUGAUAUAACAGAUGAACCCCAGAGCUGUUUUUCAAAGCGUCCUAUAAACCAAUUAAAGAUUUUCUCCAUUAAUUUCCUUCUUUCAAAUAACGACUAGGUAGGGUUGCGGGAUGUAUUUUCGGUCAGUGCUUUUUUUUGAGCCUAUCGCUAAAAUUCAAGUUUGAAUUUGUUGUCUACAUAGAUGCGGCUGAACUAAAUGCUUGAAUGCGGAAUAGCCUAUGGAAUCGUUUUGUAGUGAAUUGAGUAUUUUUCUGUUAAUUCCGUGGUAAUUCCUUAUCUGCAAGUAGUGGACGAAAUACGAGUAUCUGUCAAAAGAUAAACAAUUAUAAAUUACUCUUCACACCCCAAAAUACCUUCAUAGGAACAAGUGUAGCAGUGAGUUAUAGCGAUAGGCGCAUAGAUCGAAAUCACAUCCCGUUUCCCUUAGUGAGUGACCUUUACGCAAUUUGUUCCAGCACAGUAUGCUAGGGAUAAUGUCCCUAAUGUCAGCCUAAGUAUUCCCAAUAUUGAGUUAAUACAUAAAUGUUGAAGGACAGUAUUUUUAGACAAUGUUUCACUAGCAUCCAAAAAUACCCAUUUGGAUGGUUCUACAAAAUAUUCAAGAACGGGAUUUUUAUCGAUGGGCUCAAUCUUUAGAUCCAUAGGUCAACAUUAGAGCCAUUUCCCCUAUUAAUGUGUUGUUAUAGUGAUAUAGAUAAAAUUUAGGACAUAUAUUCGUUUUACGUUGCCUUUAUUUGAAAGAGGGGAAUCCAAUAGGUUGUUUGAAGAAGCACUUUUAUCAAAUAAAGUUUUGUCUACGAUUUAUGAUAAACAUAUAAAUAUAUGAUAAUAUGGUACAUCAAAUGAUUCACCAUUGAUUUUUUAAUAAAACGUAC